UGCAGGUAAGAAUACUCUGACAUUUAAUAGACAACCGACGCCAUACCUUUACACUAAAACAAGUUAUAGCUUAUUCAUACCCCACAGUGUCCUUUUUCACAUUGCCCUGCCUCUAAGCAGACCCUAUUUAAACACAUCCCAUUCGACGUUCACCCUACCUGCACUCUUUGGUCUUUUCAGUCCUUCAGCAGAGACCCAUAGCUGUUUACCAUGUCUGUGUCCCUGUCGUUGUCCUCUUCCAGAAUGUCUGGGGGAUACGGAGGUCUCGGCCUGGCUCGAGGUGGUGGAGGAGCAAGACUGGGUCUGGGGCUAGGGGGUGGAGCGGGCUUCGGUGGAGGAAUCGGCUACGGAGGGGGACUGGGCUUCGGUUCCGGUGCUGGUGCAGGUGGAGGUCUGGGUUUUGGCUAUGGUGGAGGUGCAGGAGCCGGUGCAGGAUUUGCCCUGGGUGGCGGUGGUGGUGGAGGAGCUCUGGUUGCCAGUCCUGCAUUCUCUAUGGGUCGUGCCAUUGCUGCAGGAGGGCUCGGUGCAAGCUCCGCUUUCAUGGCCGGUCCGGGGGCAGGUGCCUCAUUGGCCCCGAUUCUUUCCAGAGCUGCUGAGAAGCACACGCUUUCCAGCCUUAAUGACCGCUUCUCUGCGUACAUGGGCAAAGUGCGAGCGCUACAGCAAGAGAACGCGGCUCUGGAGGCCAAGCUGUCCCAGUUGACUGGAGGAACAGAUAUGUCCCCAGACUCAUCCGGCACCACCACCGUGGAGUACGAGUCUCAGCUGAGCGAAUAUCGUAGCACGCUGGAAACGCUCACCAUUGACACCGUCAAGCUGGAGAUCGAGUUGGACAACGUCCGUGGCACUGCUCAUGAACUCAAGGCUAAGCUUGACUUUGAACAAGGAGUGAAGUUUCAGCUCGAGUCAGACAUUGCAGCUAUGAAAAAGGACAUUGAAAUGGCCUCUGACCUCCGAAUCGAUUUGGAUGCCAAAUUCUCCAGCCUGAAAAAUGAACUGGACUUCAUCACCAAGACGCAGGAGGAGGAGCUGUCUUCAUUGCAAUCUAAACUGGGCACGACAUCAAAGGACACUUCAGUUUCAAUGAUUGAAGUGGACACCGUCAAGUCAUUCGACAUCUCUUCGGCGCUCAAUAAAAUACGUAUGGAGUAUGAGAAGUCUGUGGUGCAGCACAGAGAAGAAGCUGAGGCUUACUACAAACUCAAGAUGGAUGAGAUGCAAUCGGUCAACGUCAAAAACACAGAGGCGGUGUCAUCGACUAAAGCUGAGAUCACAGCAUCCAGGAAAGAACUGCAGACGCUGAAUUUAGAGCUGCAGUCUCUUAUCGCAACAAACAUGAGUCUGGAGCAAAGUCUAGCAGAAGCCCAGGCUCAGUCCAGUGUGGGUGUGGCCGAGUACCAGGCACAAAUUGCAAGCCUCACAUCAGCCAUAGAGGUCGCUAAAACAGACCUUCACAAACAGAUCCUGGCCUACCAAGAGCUACUGGACAUCAAACUUGCUCUGGAUGUGGAAAUCUCCACCUACAGAAAACUGCUGGAAGGAGAUGACUUCAAAAUGCCAGAGUUCUCUGACUCCUCCUACACCUUUUCAGGGAGGGAUGUACCCCAAACCAGUACCCCCCAGGACACCCCUAACCCAGCCCCAAAGGACAUACAAACUAGAUCCGUCCUGACAGCCGGUUCAAUAAAGGUCAAAGAAAUUAUUACAGAGACAUCCGUCAUCUCUGACGCCGAUGAUACUGAAUCCUCCUAAAUUUUGCAAGGCGUGCGCUUCAUGAAUGCAGACCCCCUUGAAAACCUUCAGCCCAAAUAUGUGGAGCUCCACCCCCAGUUUUUUUUCAAUAAAGCUGCACUUCAUGGUUUCCAACCAAUUUUUGAUACUUGUGCAAUAUUUCAUCAUACACUCUCAGAAAAAAGGUACAAGGUACACCUUAAAAAGGUGCAUAUCGGUACCUUAAAAUGGUACAUAUUAGGACCUUAAUAAAAGGUACCAUACCAGUGACAACUUUUGUACCUUUAUUUCUAAGAGCGUACAGCACGUAUUCAUAGAGAAAUAUUUUAUCAUGCAUGCAUACAUUGUUAUAUUACCUAGUAAGGCACCAAUAUUUGCUAAAAUGACAUUAUAUGCAAACGUUUAGGAUUUUAGAGUUUGUUUUUGUGUGAACUAUUAAGAGCCGCUAAAACUGGAACAGGUGCACCUGUAUCAGCUCAUAUCUAUUACACGAUCUCUGUUAUGAUUAUCUCUAUAUCCUCUAAACCCAAUGCUGCUGUUUUUGCAAAUUAUAAACUGAUUCCCUCAUAUCUCUUGUUUUUCCUCAGAUGUUUUUUUUCGUAUCUGCUGACAAAAUUGAGGAAGUCACGCUUUGUGUAAUCACGCUCCCAUCGUGUCAUUUUGUUUUUCAAACUUUUUCCAUUUUGAUACCAAACCACCGUGAUGCCACAGGGCUCAUGACACUUUCAAAAACAUCAUGUGACAAAAGGUCAUGGUGGCAGUGUAAGCACUCAAACUAACCUAAAGCGAUGUACAGGUACAUUCAACAUUGUUUAAAAGAUAGUCUUAAAAUUAUCCUUAGCUGACACUGGGGUGCCACCCUUUUAAAAAGUACAACUUUGCAUCUAAAGAGUUAAUAUAACGUAUAGGAGUACAUAUUGGUACCAAAGAAUGCAUAUUGGUACCUCACAUGUAUACAAAACAAAUGGUACAUAUUAGGACAUUUUUAAAGGGUACUGUUCCUGUGACAGCUUGGUGACAACAAUGUAAAUAAAACAAAUAAAUAAAAUAAAGCAUAAAGUCAGAUUCAUAUUAGCUUCAGGGCCUACAUAUAGACUUACAUAUCUGAAUCAUUUCAACAAAAAUGUUUACUCGCAUGUAAAAGUGAGUUGAUGAACACACAAAGUGACAGUUAUGAGGGGGCAUGACAUUAUCUGUAGUUUGGUUCCUGUAUGUAGACUUGUGGUUCUAGCUGUCGUGCAAAUGUUUACCGCAGAAUGUUCUUAGUAGUGAAUAACUUCUCAUGGCCUUGUCACCGUUGCAGUCUUGUCACGCAAACUUCUGUAGUGAGUGGGACACCACCUAAAUCAAGUUUCAUAUCAGUCUGCACUGAUUUAAAACGAGAGUAAAUUGCAUCUUCUUUUUGGUUUUUACAAUCUUUUACAACACUACGAGAAUAGCUGCAUGUGUGAACGACAUUAAUCAUUUAAAAUAAAUGCUAAAGUUUAGCGCAACAGGAGAUGUUGCAUACUGAAAGACUGUCAAACACGUGUUAACUCUUCAACAGUUUUUCAAGUUUGAGGAAAUGAAGCCUUCAGUGUUUUUGUUUGACCAGGUCACUGUAAACACAGAGGGUAGAAAGGGAACAUUUUGUGGUUUGUUUGCGUAAAAGACACCUAUAGAGGGCGGAUAGGUUUAAUUUUAGAGGCAGUGGAAUAUGACCCCCCACCACCACCACCAUUUGUGACACAUUUCCACUAUUCACUUUGUUUUGUUAUGUUUAACUUUGAACACGGUGGGUAUACUGAACCCAUUGACACACUUAUGCAUACAGUUUUACAGCACAUUGGAUUUGUAGACUACAACUUUUUGGUAUUAUUAUAUGUUAGUUGGGCAUCAAACCCACGACCUUGGGAUUUCAUACAUUUUUUUUGGUCUUGUAACAGCAAAUCAUCUCUGCAUAUGCGUGAUAAGACGAAUCUUGAAUUAUGAAUGUUGAAAUCAGCAAAUGGCGUGAUAGAUCUAAGAUAAUACCAACUGCAAUGCAUGCCUAGUGCUGACACCAACUCUGACUAAAAUGCUAACUUGAACGAUAAGCUUACCUACAAAAUUGUUUUUAUGUCAUGGGGAAGGUGUUGUUAUGUGUUUGCCGUAUUAUAAAGAGGAAACGUCUCAGGAUAUGGCGUAAAAGUGCAUAAAAUUAAGCAAAAUAAGUGUCUGGUGAUACAAUAUUUCUAAGAUAAACAGGAUGUCUGGCGUGCAAAGAUUCACACUUGAGCAAGGAACCAUACAUGCAACGAUGAAGUGUAGACAACUUCAGCGUUAAGACGAAGAUCAUUUACCUAAGUGUUGUUUCUGGCGCCAGUGGACAGUGGAGUAAAAGUGAGAAGUACUGACACAUAAUGUGAGAUUUCUCAUGCAUUGGCUAGCAGGCUAAACAUUUUCAUUUGUUUCUAUUUGUGCUGGAUAGGAUUGUGUAUCAUCACGUCACUUGCAAUGUGACUGACCACAAUGACAGACUUUAGAAAACACAAAAAAGGGAAGACAAUGCAACAUUUACAGGUGCUUCCUUGUUUUUUCCAAUGAGUUACUUAACUAUGUUAAAAACAAAAAU